AUGCCUAUAUUUCGCCGCUUUGACGAGAACAGACUGAAUAGUAAUAAAACAUAUAGUAAGAAAUCUUAUACUACUCAAUUUGCACCUGAACCAACGACGACUGUUAACCCAUCUGCCGCUUCUGGCGCUCAGGCUCAGGCGUUGACUGAACGUGCAGUAGAACUUAGGGCUCGAAUACACGACGUAUUAGGAGAGUUAAUGGUUAACAGAAGUCCCGACGAGGUUUUAACAGCGGCUCAGGCGGUGCAUGGGGAAAGCGACCUGAUCGUUUUUCUGGAGUGCCUUUUAAAUGAUUUGAACAUAAAUGGAGUCCAGAGUGAAGCUUUUGCUGAAACUUGGUUUAUAGCGGGGCAGGCCCCCACCAUCCCCAGCCCACUUGAGCAAUUUGCCAUUCUCCCAUUGAUUCCUAUGAAUAUAGGACACUUGUAUUUCUCAUUCACAAAUCCCUCUUUGUUUAUGCUACUCACUCUCAGUUUGGUCCUACUUUUGGUUCAUUUUGUUACUAAAAACGGAGGAGGAAACUCAGUACCAAAUGCUUGGCAAUCCUUGGUAGAGCUUAUUUAUGAUUUCGUGCCGAACCCGGUAAACGAACAAAUAGGUGGUCUUUCCGGAAAUGUUAAACAAAAGUUUUCCCCUCGCAUCUCGGUCACUUUUACUUUUUCGUUCUUUCGUAAUCCACAGGGUAUGAUACCUUAUAGCUUCACAGUUACAAGUCAUUUUCUCAUUACUUUGGGCCUCUCAUUUUCCAUUUUUAUUGGCAUUACUCUCGUGGGAUUUCAAAGAAAUGGGCUUCAUUUUUUAAGCUUUUCAUUACCCGCAGGAGUCCCACUGCCGUUAGCACCUUUUUUAGUACUCCUUGAGCUAAUCCCUCAUUGUUUUCGCGCAUUAAGCUCAGGAAUACGUUUAUUUGCUAAUAUGAUGGCCGGUCAUAGUUCAGUAAAGAUUUUAAGUGGGUUCGCUUGGACUAUGCUAUGUAUGAAUGAUCUUUUCUAUUUCAUAGGAGAUCUGGGUCCUUUAUUUAUAGUUCUUGCAUUAACCGGUCCGGAAUUAGGUGUAGCUAUAUCACAAGCUCAUGUUUCUACAAUCUCAAUCUGUAUUUACUUGAAUGAUGCUACAAAUCUCCAUCAAAGUGAAGUGGUUAUUUAUAAUUGA